AUGGCAGACAAGCUGACUUUGAAACCCGGCGUUACCUCAAUGGUAGAUUUAGCUUUUCUAUCAGUUCCACCCGCUAAAGUCACUUGGUAUUACAACGGACAAGACAAACUUCCGGACGACGCACGAAUAAAACCCCUAACAUCGCAAACGUCAGCGAAAUUGACAAUGAUGAAAGUUGCUCCGACGGAUGCCGGGGAAUAUAAAGUCGUUAUCGAAAACAAAAAUGGAAAAAUUGAACAUACCGUUAAUGUUGCCGUUCAAAGUCCGCCUUCGGAACCCAAAAACGUUCUGGUAGACAACAUUACAAAAUCGUCUUGUCUCGUUACAUGGGAGGCACCCGAAUCAGAUAACGGUUCACCGGUAAUAGGAUACGACAUAGAAAAGCAGGUCGGCAAAACUGGAAAAUGGAUAAAAAUCAACAAAGAACCUAUUACAACUACUCAAUACGAAGUCAACGAUCUAACUCCUGGAAGUGAAUGUUCGUUUAGAGUGUCAGCUUCGAACGCGGCUGGGCCAAGUGUCUAUUCCAAACCAUCCGGUAGUUUUGUAGCUAAAGAUGCUGAAGCUCCAAAACCUUCUGCUCCAAUUAACUUACAAACUUCUGACAUUAAUGGCGAAAUAACGUUGUCAUGGCAACCACCCGAAAAUGAUGGCGGAUCGCCAAUUAAACAUUAUAUCAUUGAAAAAGCGGAUGUUGUAAAA